AUGGAAGCACAGCGAGUAUAUCUCACUGGUAGUAUGAAAAUGUACAGCAAAGUUGCAGAAUAUAACGCCAAAACAUUAUUCUCUGAAGACUAUUCCAAUAUCUUUCCCUCUCAAAAUGGACGUAUUGAAGCAAGCACAGAUGAAGAAAACAAUCUGAUGUUUGGGAAGGGCGAGAAGGAUGAGGCGAAUUAUAAUAAUUCUUUAGAUGUUCAGAUUAAUAUUGAAAAAACAAAAUUUCUCGAGUUGAGGGGUCGCAACAUAUAUCCACUUUGUAAGCCAUUUAGAGAACUUUCCAAAGAAAAUGCAGAAGGUUUAUUUGACGUAAUAGCUGAUGAUAAUACAGCGGUUGAAUUUAAUCUUCCCAAAAAUAUAAAAGAAUAUCUCAAAGACCUUUUUAGUGGUGAUGUUAAAAACGCGUUUUCUAAGAUAGAAAAGUCACUCAAUUAUGAUGCGAACGAGAAAAACUGGUCUACUCAAACAGUUUAUCCAGAAACCGAUGCCGUUUUAUACCAAGACAAGGAUGCGACGAUUCUAUAUGAACAAUCAUAUGGACCUAUGGAAUUUGUACUAUCACACCAAUUAGAUGAUUUCGUUAAACUGGCAAAAAAUGGAGUAGACGACUUGAAUUACCACUUUACACAUAAUAACAAUUGUACAACUAUCAUGGCAAUGAAAUUUAAAUCUGUAGGAAUCCAUGGAUACAAAUAUUUAAUCUCAGUAUAUCUUACUGACAUUAUUCGUGUAAAAACUUAUAAAAUUUAUGAAAUAUUUUGCUUUAAAAUACCCAUAUCAUAUUCGGAAAAAUGGGAAUUAUUAAAUAUUGCAAGAUUUGGUGCCCUUUAG